AUGAAAGAUCAAUUAAAAGUUGAUAAACUUCCAUUGAAUCAUAUUUAUGUGAAUUUUGGAAAAUGGAUGCAACAAAAAACAAAUGAUCCAACAUGUCGAGAUUGUCAUGCUCAUAUAAAUAUUGUUCUCACUCGACAAACAAUUGAAAAGAUUAAUGAUAUUAAUCGAUCUAAAGAUACACGUCGUAAAGGUAAAAAAUUAUUUGGAUGUCUUAUUGGAUCAGUUCUUCCACCAAAAUCUCAUCGUCUUGAUGAUGCAUUGAAACUUAUUGAACAUAUGAAUAAUCAUAUGGCACCUGUAUUAUGUCAACAAAAUCGAGAAUUACUAAGAAGUAUCAGUAUUCUGAAAAAUGAAUUAGAAAUUCUUAAACAAGAAAACGAAAAUCUUAGAAAAUUGAUCUUUGCUCCAAUCGAUGUUGCACAAGAGACAGAAGAUUCGAUACAAAGCACUGCUGCGGAUGAUGAAACAGGGAUUAAUGAUAAAUUAUGUUAG